AUGAAAUUUUAUUUUUUAUAAAUAUAUUAUUACUUAAAGAGCUUUAACCUUUAUUUUAAAAUAUGUUUUAUUCACUUUAUUGCUUUUCCUUUAUUGAUCUUUCAAAAUUAUUAUUUCCACUUAAAUUUUCGUUGUGUAAUGAUUAAAUUUUCUUUCUGUGAGCAUUACUUUAUUCAGAUAAAUCACUUUCUGAGUGCAUUUAUCUGCUCUAUCUCUAAUGAUUUGAUUAGCCUCUUUUUUUUACAUAGACUUACUAUCUUAACUAUCUUAAAAUCUGAUACAAGUAAUUAUCAGGAUUUUUCAACAAAUCAUCUUAUUUGUUAAAUUGUUAUGAUUAAUUAGUUUCGAGUCUUUAUAAAUUAAAAUCAUUAUUACCAACUUAGCUAAAAUUUUAUUAAUCAAUCCUAUUAAAGCUUACUGCUUAUCCAUCUCCUUCGUACUAUCUCCCUUAAUCUAUAACAGACUGCUAAAGAGCAUUCGAUUAACUUGAAGAAUUACCUCUUUAAUAAAGCCUAUUCUUCUUCUUUCUCAUAAAAUAUUCUUUAGAUAUUCUAGUUCCUUGAAUACUAUGGUUUAUAGAUUCUAUGUCAUUCAUAUCCAGCUUUUUCUGAACAAAUAUAGGUUAAUCCUUAUUUUAAUCAAUUAGGAAAAUAGUAUUUAUUGGAGGUAAUACAUGAGUUGGUUUUUGAAUCGAUUUAUCUAAAUUAUUUCUUUGGUUGCUUAAAAUGUUGA